UGGGCCUCGGCGCCAUAAUGGCGGAUCCGCCGGAGGAGGCGGGGGGCGGCCCGGCCGAGCCCGGGCCGGGGGUCUCGGGACCCCCCCGGGGGCGGCAGCGGCUCGAGGCUCUGCUCAACCGCAGCCUCCGCAUCCGAAUGUCGGACGGACGGACCCUGGUGGGAGCGUUCCUGUGCACGGAUCGCCAGAGCAACGUGAUCCUGGGAUCCGCCCAGGAAUUCCUGAAAGCUGCAGACGCGUUCCCAGGCAGCGAACCCCGAGUUCUGGGGCUGGCCAUGGUCCCCGGGCACCACAUCGUGUCCAUCGAGGUGGAGCCCCCCUACCCCUGAGGGACCCCAAAAACAUCCGGGGGACCCCCCCAGUGCCUCAAGGAGCCCAAAACCUUGAGAGAAACCCCCCCCCCCCAAAAAAAAAAAAAAAAAUCCAUGUGGAGCCCCCCUCCCCCCCAGGACUUUGAGACCCCUCACCCCAAAAUGUUCCUCGGGGGUUUGGGGGGGGUCCCCAGGGUGCCAUUAAAGCCCCCUCCCCACCCCAGUGAUGUCCCCGUGUGACGUUUGUGUGUCCCCCCCCUCCCCCCACUGUGUGUGGUGGGAGACCCCCCCCAAUUCCUGAGGCCCCCCCCCCAAUUCCUGAGGCCCCCCCCCCAAUUCCUGAGGCCCCCCCCCCAAUUCCUGAGCCCCCCCCAAAUUCCUGAGACCCCUCCCAAAUUUCCUCCCCAAAAUUCCUGAGCCCCCCAAAUUUCUUUUUCCCCCCACAAAUUCCUGCCCUCCCCCCACCCCCAUUUCCUCGGACCCCUCCCCCACUCCCUCGGACCCCCAAAAUCCCCCCCCCCCCCCCCCCCCAAUUCCCGCCCCUCCCCCACGGAGCCGUCUGGCUUUGCCAUUAAUUUAAUCUCAGGUACAAAAUAGCUUCUGGGUGGGGGAGGGGAGAGGGGGGGAACACCCGCCCCUCCCCCACCCCCGAAAACACCGGGGGGGUCCCGGUGAGGGGGAGGGGAAGGGGGGAGGGGCACACGGGUGGGAGGGGGUGGUGGGGGGAGGGGCGGCCGCAGGGCCCAGCACCAUGAUGGGGGGUGGGGGGUGGGGUGAGGGGGUGUUGGGGGGAGGGGGUGAGAACCCUCCCCUCCCCCCACCCAAAGGUCAGGGGUCACCGGGGGGGGGGGACAAGGGGGGGGUCACCGGGGUUACAGUG